ACAUAGGGAAAUACAUCACUUUUAUCUAAUUGUUCUUAAAAUGAUUGUGAUAAGUCUUUGUCGUUCUUUAUGAUUUCUGUUUCUUGGAUGGGAAAUGAACAUUCCAAAACUAGUUCCAUCUAUACAUAGCUUUUGAGAUGAGCAAGAAGGUAACACAAGACUUGUCAACAACCCUCUGGGUGUUGGUCAACCUAAGCAUUCUUGGUGUUCUCCAUGCUCAAUCAUGCUUGGAAAAUGGUUACUUCCGACCAGAAAGCCUGUACGCAAUUAACCAUCGACUCAUCCUCGCUUCUCUUCCCACUACCGUUUCAUCUCAAGACGGCUUCUACGCAUCAUCCGUCGGUCAAGAUCCGGAGAAGUCAUACGCACUAGGGAUGUGCAUCCCCGGUGCUGAGUCGGACCUCUGUUCAGUUUGCGUCAAGGCUGCGUCUGAUGGGUUGUUACAGCGCUGUCGAAAUCACACAGAAGCUUUCUGGUGGCGUGGCGAUAACGAGACCCUUUGUCUCGUCCGCUACUCAAACCGUUCUUUUGUGGGAUCGCUCGAUUUGCAGCCAUCGUUAGUUGUGAACAACUCAAGAGAAUUAUUGGGGUUGAAUUUGACGGAACUUGCCGACCAAAUGAUAGAAACGUUACCAUCAACUUCUGAUUCGUAUGCGGCUAAGACAAAACCAGUGUCGAACUCCCAAGAUGUGUACGCGUUGAUGCAGUGCACGUCAGACAUAUCUCCAGAGGAUUGCAAGACGUGUCUUAUCCAAAGCUUAAGCGAGUACCAAUCAUGUUGCGUUGGAAAGCAAGGUGGUGCUGUUUCUCGGCCCAGCUGUUAUUUCCGGUGGGAUCUUUAUCCAUUUUCUGGAGCUUUUGGUAAAAAUACUCUGUCACCUGCGUCUUCACCCCCACCAGUAGAUCUGACUAAUAAAGAAUCAGGGGAUGCACAAACAAAACAGGGGAAGUUUGCAAUGAUUGUCACUGUGGUGUCUGUUGUUGUGAUCCUGGUUCUGCUUCUUCUAUUGUUUUGUUUAUGGAGGAGAAUUAAGUUACGGAGAGCAAAUGAACUUGGAAAUGUUACCAGUUCAAGCUCACUACGAUUUGACUUUAAGACGAUUGAAGCUGCAACAAAUCAGUUUUCAGAGAGAAACAAGAUAGGUCGAGGAGGAUUUGGUGACGUUUACAAGGGUACGUUUCAAGACGGAACAGAACUUGCUGUGAAGAGGUUGUCCAAAACAUCAGGACAAGGCGAUGAAGAGUUUAAGAACGAGGUUGUUCUUGUAGCCAAACUUCAGCACCGAAAUCUUGUUAGGCUUGUUGGGUUUUGCGUCCAAGGAGAAGAAAAAUUACUCAUUUACGAGUAUGUGCCCAACAAAAGCCUUGAUUAUUUCUUGUUUGAUCCAACGAAGCGACAUCAGUUGGAUUGGGAAAAACGAUUCAAAAUCAUUGUAGGCAUUGGUCGAGGAAUUCUUUAUCUUCAUCAAGAUUCGCGACUCACAAUUAUACAUAGAGACCUCAAAGCUGGUAAUAUUCUCUUAGAUUCUGACAUGAAUCCGAAGAUUGCAGAUUUUGGCAUGGCAAGGAUUUUUGGAAUGGAACAAACUCAAGCCAACACGAGACGGGUCGUUGGAACCUAUGGUUACAUGCCUCCAGAGUACGCAAUGCGCGGGCAAUUCUCCGUGAAGACAGAUGUAUAUAGUUUUGGAGUAUUAGUUCUUGAGAUAAUAAGUGGGAAGAGGAACAGCAGCUUCAGUAGGACGGAUGGUGGCAUCGACAAUUUGGUCACGUUUGCUUGGACACUUUGGAAAAAUGGAUCAGCAUUAGGACUCCUGGAUGAAACAAUGGAAUCUAAUUACCAGAGGAUAGAAGUGAUUAGAUGCAUACAAAUUGCUCUCUUAUGUGUUCAAGAACAACCUGCACACCGCCCUAGUUUCUCAACGAUUAUAUCUAUGCUCAAUAGUAAGACAAUGUCUUUACGGGUUCCUCGACAACCAGGAUUUUUCUUACGGGACAAUCCUAAUAAUCAGAACCAAGAAUCUACUGGUGAGCGGUCAAGCAACAAUAAUAUUUUCUCUGUGGAUAACGCAACCAUUACUGAUAUAUAUCCUCGAUGAACGAUGAAACCAAAACUUCACAACCAAACAAAUAAAGAUGAUGAGAAGGAAGCUGGUUAAUUUUCUGUUUUCUGAGUAAAUAUUCAUUAAAGUCGUUCACGUUAAUCUUAAGGUCUCGAUUGCUUCUUUAAUGUAAUACAUUUAUUGUGUGUUAUGCUAUAAAUGAACGAUCGAUAGGUUUGAACAUACUAAGCAACAUUUCUCUGUUAACUAUAAACUAGAUUAAGAUC